GGGCUCGUUUCCAUGGUGACUCAGUAAACAAGUGAGAAGCUGUGGAGGUGUUUUGAAACAAAUCUUGGUGAAGUAAAAUGCCACAACAAAGUGCGGAAGAUGGACAAGCUGAGGACCUUUUCAUCGUAUUUGAAGGUUCUUCCGCGGAGGACGGGUCCCACGCCCGGCAGCUCUGGAAGUCCAUAGUCCUUCUCCCGCCGCGGGAAUCCCGGUUGGCGUCGGCAGACAUCCGCCAUCGGCUUCCGGUGGCGCGUCCGAAGCGCCGCAAAACCAAAGAUGCUGUCGAUCCGGUCCAGCUCACCGUGUGGAGUGAACGGCAGAGAGAGGAGGAGCGGCGGCGGUACCAGGCCAUGGCCGACCAGAAGAAGGAGGUCGUUUCGCUGCUGGAGAGACAGAGGCAGCAGAGGAUCCAGAAGGAGCUUGUGUCCGCGGCCGUUAAACCGAAGAAGAAGAUGGCGGAACCAGCAGACCCAGAAAUCGAGCUGGACAAGGAGCUGGUCAGACAGCUUCCGUAGACAAGUUGAUAUAACAAUUGUGACUAAAUAAAUGAACCACCCAACUGGAAUGGGAUGGUUGGAGUUGA